AUGAGAGCAGAUUGGCAGCCUUACCAGGAGAUGAUGCUAUUAUCUGAAAACGGAUGGAAGCAGCAUAAUAUUAGUAAUUUUUCAUGGCAGGAAGCAAACUCAACUCAUUCACCAAUAAACAAGACAUCCAUACUUCAUGCAGAUGAAUUUGACCCAUUAGGAGGACAUACUGUCUGGCAGGUCAUAGUAAUUGUCUUCCUCACAGGAUCACUUUCUCUCAUCACUGUUGUUGGAAACAUCCUUGUGCUGGUGUCUUUCAAGAUAAAUAAAGCACUGAAGACUGUGAAUAACUACUACCUUCUCAGUCUGGCAUUUGCUGACCUGACCAUUGGCACACUUUCAAUGAACCUGUACACCACCUAUAUAAUAAUGGACCAGUGGGCCCUUGGGCCACUGGUUUGUGACUUGUGGCUUGCAAUAGACUAUGUGGCCAGUAAUGCCUCAGUUAUGAACCUGCUUGUCAUCAGCUUUGACAGAUAUUUUUCUGUGACCAGACCAUUGACAUAUCGGGCCAAACGUACAACCAAGCGGGCCAUGACCAUGAUUGGAUUAGCUUGGUCUAUCUCUUUCAUUCUGUGGGCUCCCGCCAUACUGUUCUGGCAGUACCUUGUGGGUGAGCGGACAGUUAAGCCAAAUGAGUGCUACAUCCAGUUCUUGUCCGAGCCCAUCAUUACAUUCUGCACUGCUAUUGCUGCAUUCUACCUGCCAGUGACUAUCAUGGCUUUCCUCUUUUGGAAAAUCUAUCAGGAAACAGAGAAGAGGGCUAAAGAUGUACAAGGUCUCAAGGGAUCUGGAUCAGGUAACAGCCCAAGCAAAGCUCAGAAUCAAGUGAAUGGCAGUGAAAGGCCUGGCGAAGCUACAACUAACAGUCAGAAGAAUUUGUCAGCAAUACUGCAUCAGAUGAGUGAAUUAAAACAUUCAAGUUCAGAAAAGAACUAUGAAAUUAAUAACAGCAGACAGAAUUGCGACAGAUUUUGCUUCCAUAUAUCUUUUUUUCUGCCACACCACCAUGUCUCCAAGAAAUUAUUCAAUACCUCAACAACUAGUGUAGGCAAGACAGAGCAAUGCAGCUGUGACAGUUUUGACAAUAGUGAAGGUGGUGUUUCUAGGGAACAAUCGCGUACAGAGGUGGAAGCUGUCCCAGACUCAUCAAACAAAAGUGAAAAAUGGUCAAGAUCAAACCCUGUCACCUCUCCUCCCUCUGAGUUCAUUACCAUGAAAGAUGCAGCAAUUGACAAACGCAUUGUCUCUAAGACCAAGGCUGAGAUCAUCAAACGCAAGAACGAAAAAAAGGCAAAUGAAAAAAAAGCUGCACGGACACUUAGUGCCAUCCUCUUUGCCUUCAUUACAACAUGGUUACCAUACAAUAUUAUGGUGUUGGUCAAUACUUUUUGUCAGGACUGUAUCCCUGAAACACUGUGGGCUCUGGGCUACUGGUUGUGUUAUGUUAACAGCACAGUCAACCCAAUGUGUUAUGCCCUAUGUAACAAGACCUUCCGGACAACUUUCAGGGAUAUUUUAAUGUGUCAGUGGAAUCAAAGAAACAACAAACCUGGUUUUAAUCAGCGGCAAACUGUGGCAUUUCAGAAGAAAGAUCCGAAGUAG